UCCUACUCCCUAACAGGAUCCUAGUCCCACCCGAAUUACCUAAACAUUUACCAGCCGUCCGAUCUGGAUAUCCCUCCACACAUCUUCGCCGUCAAAAAUCCAAACACAAACCUGCCAACCAUAUAUACUACUAUUCCUCCUCGCAAGAGAGUGCGAAACAAGAUAAACAAAUACAAAUCCUACUCCACUCUCCACACCGAAUUUAGGGUUUCAGUUUAUCGAGAACCCAGGUUGAUGCCGCAUUCCAUUUUCCAGUUUUCGUCAGGUUUGAUACCGACAACCCCAUUUGUUAUUUUCUUCGUUUUUAGCGAAAGAAAUAAUGGAGAAGCAGCUGACUGAGCUUUUUGAGUCGGUGAAGAUGGCUGCAGAAGCGGCUGAGAACUCACCAGGGGAGGAGGAUCGAUGCCUUGAUGUUUUGAAACAGCUGAAGAAAUUCCCGGUUAACUAUCAAGUCCUUGUGUCUACCCAGGUUGGAAAACGUCUCCGCCAACUGACUAAACAUAAGAGCGAGAAGAUUAAGGCUCUGGCUUCGGAUGUGGUUGAGAUAUGGAAGACUCUAAUUGUUAAGGAAACAAUGUCAAACAAGAAGAAUGGGGCUGAUAAGAAUGGUGAUACUGUAAAAGCUGAACCUGCUCGUUCAGAAAGUGAGGAGGUGAAGAAUAUACAGAAGAAUGCGAAACCGGAGAGAGCUAUUCCCUCUGCCAAACCAAAUUCUGAUAAAGUCCAGAAGUUGGAAACUUCGUCCACUGUCAAAAUUGAGAAAGUCGGAGUUGUUCUGACAACAAAGAAUGGCCUUGAAGAACAUGUUGACAAGAAAGUCAAGAUAGAAAACGCAACUUCUGAAGGGCGAAAACCGGCAGCAGAUCCUGUAGGACCACAGAAGCUAACAUCUCUCAUCUAUUGCAAGGACCCCACCAGGGACAAAGUCCGCGAGAUUCUUGCAGAAGCCUUGUGCAAAGUCUCUAGUGAGAUCAACAAUGAUUUGCACGACAGAGUUAAUAAAUGCGAUCCCUAUCGUAUUGCUGUGUUAGUGGAGACAUCAAUGUAUGAGAAGUGGGGCAAGUCCAGCGGCCCCCAGAAGGCCAAAUACAGGUCAGUAUUAUUCAACAUCAAGGAUUCAAACAACCCGGAUUUCCGAAGAAAAGUCCUGCUUGGGGACUUUGAGCCGCGUGCCAUUCUUGAGCUGACGGCCGACGAGAUGGCCAGCGACGCAAGGCAGGUUCAGAAUGAGAAGAUCAAGCAGAAAGCACUCUUUAAUAGUGAGCUUGGAGGUCCUCCACAGGCUAGUACAGAUCAGUUCACUUGUGGUAGGUGCAAGAAGAAGGAAACUACUUAUUACCAGAUGCAGACUAGGAGUGCCGACGAGCCCAUGACGACAUUUGUAACAUGUGUAAACUGCAAUAAUCGCUGGAAGUUUUGCUGAUUGUAGUUUAUUACAUCAGAUUAUGAGCUGACUAGGAAGUUAUUCUUGAUUGGUUCAUUCUUUUACUUGGUGUAUUUUCUGUUAGAACUACAGAACUGUUGCUAGAGAUAUUUUGUAGUAGUAGUAGAGUAGAUUUUUUAUGUUGCCCAUUCGUAGUUUUAUGGAUUCUGAGAAGAUCCUGUUGUAGUAUUUCGUAGAAGUCGAGCGAUUCUAAGCUUACUUUGGUAAUUUUGAUGUU